UGUCAUCCAUCACCGGGCUCACUGUCUGCUCAUCGCGUGCCCAGGUCCAUCUCUCACGCACUCAGUCGCUCACAUACUCUCCUUUCUCUUGCUAAGGGUGGACGGGUUUUUCGUGAAUCGGCUGGAGCUUGGAUAUUCCCCUCUGAAGUGCCCCUUUUUCUUCCGCCCUCACCACAAUGGCGAGCGUCGCGGGAAAUAUGGCAUCGCCAUCUGCGGAUGCAUCUCUAGCUUCAAUGGCUUCGGACCCAUCCAGCUUCGUGAUGGGCAUUUACAGCCGUUUCACCGGCUGGUCGGCCUUACUGGCUCUAUUCAUGUUCCUCGUCGCCUACGAUCAGAUCAAAUAUAUCUGGCUGAAGGGUUCAAUCGUCGGUCCAAGAUUUAAGAUUCCCUUCAUGGGCCCCUUCCUAGAGUCGGUCAAUCCGAAGUUUACAGAAUACAAGGCGAAAUGGGCCAGCGGCGAAUUGAGCUGUGUCUCUGUCUUCCACAAGUUCGUCGUGAUCGCGUCAACUCGAGACAUGGCCCGAAAGGUCUUCAAUUCUCCUGCAUACGUCAAGCCGUGCGUAGUGGACUCUGCGCACAAGCUGUUAGGCAAGACAAACUGGGUCUUUUUGGAUGGCAAGGAGCAUGUUGAAUACCGCAAGGGUCUCAAUGGCCUGUUCACCCGCUCCGCAUUGUCCGUGUAUAUGCCGCAAUUGGAUGACGUCUACGAGAAAUACUUUAAGCUCUUCCUGGAAGAAUCGAAGAAGAACAACUUCAAGCCUAUUCCUUGGAUGCCGUACUUGCGUGAAUUGAUGUGUGCACUCUCCUGCCGGACCUUCGUUGGACACUACAUGACUGAAGCAGCCGUCAAGAAGAUCGCCGACGACUACUAUCUUAUCACUGCUGCGUUGGAAUUAGUCAAUUUCCCCAUCAUUCUACCUUUCACGAAAUCAUGGUACGGAAAGAAGGCUGCCGAUAUGGUCUUGGAUGAGUUUAGCAAAUGCGCCGCUAAGAGCAAAGUCCGAAUGGCUGCGGGGGGAGAGGUUACCUGCAUCAUGGACGCUUGGAUCAAGCAGAUGUUGGAUUCCGCCAAAUACCGCGAAAAGAUUGCAAAGGGCAUCCAGGUCGAUGACUCCGAGAAGCCAAGUCACAUCCUGCGGGAUUUCUCCGACUACGAAAUUGCGCAGACCGUCUUCACCUUCCUGUUCGCUUCGCAAGAUGCUACAUCUAGUGCCAGCACCUGGCUCUUCCAGCUUAUGGCCAAUCGUCCAGAUGUCCUUGACAAGGUCAGAGAAGAAAACUUGGCUGUGAGAAAUGGUGAUCGGAAUGGUAAAAUCACGAUGGACCUUCUUGAUCAAUUGCAAUACACCCGAGCUGUGGUCAGGGAAACCCUCCGAUACCGACCUCCUGUGAUCAUGGUUCCAUAUAUGACCAAAAAGGACUUCCCUAUCACCCCUAACUAUACGCUUCCCAAGGGCUGCAUGAUCGUCCCAUCCGUCUGGCCUGCAACCCAUGAUCCUGAUGCUUAUCCAAACCCCGAGACUUUUGAUCCGGAUCGAUGGAUUUCCGGCGAUGCUGACAAGGCUGCUAAGAAUUUCUUGGUGUUUGGCACCGGCCCUCACUACUGCCUUGGACAAACAUAUGCUCAGCUGAACCUUAUGGCUAUGAUUGGCAAGGCUAGUAUGAUGAUGGACUGGGAGCAUCAUGCUACUCCUAUCUCAGAAGACAUCAAGGUCUUUGCUACCAUCUUCCCUCAGGUUAGUAUCUGUCGCAUUCUCAGAUCCACAUGGAAUCUCCCAACUAACGUAGAAAUCAGGAUGAUUGCCCACUUGUUUUCCGCCCCAGACCAUGAACGACCAAAACCUCCCAAAAGCACUGAAAUGACUUCAUGA